UCAUAGAUAAUACAUGUAAACUGAACUGGUUAUGCUAGUAUAAGUGUAUUAUCUAUGUGGUUAUGCUUAAUGCAGACUUAUGACAGAAAUUAGAAUUCUGUCCAGUAACCUCGAUUUUUAAAAUGGAUACUUUAAAAGACCUUUUACCUACUAGAUUAUUUGAAGUAUUAGAAAAAGCAGGUACAUUAACAGAAAUGUAUGGUGAAAGUGGCUCAGGAAAAACACAAAUAGCACUUCAAACUGCAGUCUAUUGUGGCACUAGUGGAUGUGUGUUUAUAUGUACUGAAGAUUUAUUUCCUGUAAAAAGAUUUAAUCAAAUAAGCCAAUAUGUCUGGCAUGAUAUAAAAGAUACAGAAUGUAAAAAGAAUAUCUUUAUUGAACAUCUUACUGAGGCCCAUGAAUUAAUUUCAUGUAUCAGAGUGCGUUUACCCAAGUUAUUGAAAUUAAAUAAAAUAUCUGCUGUCAUUCUGGAUUCAGUAGCUGCCCCUUUUAGGUGUGAAAAUACUAACUAUGUACAAAGAGCAGAAGAACUUAAAGAGUUGGCUAUCUUGCUACUUAAUAUAGCCCAAGAAUAUAAUGUAGCUGUUAUUUGUAUCAAUCAAGUGACUGCUUGUUUCACUGGUUCUGAUGAUGUAUUGCCUACAUUAGGACUAGUGUGGUCUAAUUUGAUUUCUUGUAGGUUAAAAUUAACAAAAACAAUAGAUUAUCGGGAAUUAACUAUUGCUUUUGCUCCACAUUUAUCCAAUGCACAAGGUGCAAAAUUCAUAAUAACAAAAAAUGGCAUAGAAGAUAUGGAAAAUAUAUUAAUAAAU